AAUGAAUUCAUAUAUCUAUAUCUGUAUAUCGCGGCUAAUUGGUGUAGCUUUUUAUCACUGCGGCAGAAUUAAGCAUAAAGAUGUACAAGGUAGCAAACGCCUCAGAAUACCUUGUGAUCACUGGGGUUGGAAUCACAGACAUAAAGCUUGCAAAGAAAGCAUGGGUUCUCCCAGGCCAGUCAUGCACCGUUUUCGACCUCUCUCCGGUGAACUACACCUUCGAGGUUCAGGCCAUGAGCGCCGAGAAGCUCCCUUUCAUUCUCCCUGCAGUCUUCACCAUCGGUCCCAGAGUGGAGGACGAAGACAGCCUUCUCAAAUACGCCAGACUCCUCUCCUCCCACGACAAGCUCUCUCACCAUGUCAAGGAGCUUGUCCAGGGCAUCAUCGAGGGUGAGACGCGUGUCCUCGCUGCUUCCAUGACCAUGGAGGAGAUUUUCAGAGGCACCAAAUCGUUUAAACAGGAAGUGUUCGAGAAGGUUCAGCUGGAGCUUAACCAGUUCGGCCUUCUGAUUUACAACGCCAACGUUAAGCAACUUGUUGACGUGCCAGGUCAUGAGUAUUUCUCUUACUUGGGCCAGAAGACUCAGAUGGAAGCUGCCAACCAAGCCAAAGUUGACGUGGCUGAGGCCAAGAUGAAAGGAGAGGUUGGAUCGAAGCAGAGACAAGGGCAAACGCUUCAGAAUGCUGCCAAGAUCGAUGCGGAAACUAAGAUAAUAUCGACGCAGAGGCAAGGAGAUGGUAAGAAGGAGGAAAUAAAGGUGAGGACAGAGGUUAAGGUGUUUGAGAAUGAGAGAGAGGCUGUGGUGGCAGAGGCAAAUUCCGAGCUUGCAAAGAAAAAAGCUGUGUGGGCUCAAACGGCGCAGGUGGCAGAAGUGGAGGCCGCCAAAGCUGUGGCUCUCAGAGAAGCGGAAUUGCAGAGAGAAGUUGAGAGGAUGAAUGCUCUUACAAGGACUGAGAAGCUUAAAGCUGAGUUCCUCAGCAAAGCAAGUGUUGAGUAUGAAACCAAGGUACAAGAGGCAAACUGGGAGUUGUACAAGAAGCAAAAGGCGGCGGAAGCAAUAUUGUUUGAGAAGGAGAAAGAGGCGGAAGCGCAAAAAGCAUUAGCGGAGGCAGCAUUUUUCAGUCGGCAACAAGAAGCUGAAGCAGAACUAUUUGCAAAGAAAAAGGAGGCAGAAGGGCUUGUGGCACUUGGGCAGGCCCAGGGGGCAUAUUUAAAGACACUUCUUGGUGCACUGGGAGGCAACUAUGGCAACCUAAGGGACUACUUGAUGAUAAAUAGUGGCAUGUUUCAAGAGAUUGCCAAGACUAAUGCCGAUGCAAUUCGUGGACUUGAGCCAAAGAUUAGUAUUUGGACUAAUGGUGGAGAUACAAAUGAUGGCUAUGGAAGUGGUGCCAUGAAGGAUGUUGCUGGUGUCUACAAGAUGUUGCCACCUUUGUUUAAGACAGUUCAUGAGCAAACCGGUAUGCUGCCACCCGCUUGGAUGGGAACCCUGCCCGAUAAUGGUUCUUGAGCCUCUGCUUAUUAAUACCUCCACAUCAUCAAAUGUGUGCUGCUCGCUUUUCCUCUUUUUUAUUUUGCCGAUUGGAUGCAUGUUUUGUAAAUAAGGUUUCUUCAAGCUCAAGCUAUCAAGCUUCUGCAUUGCUGACAACUUCAGUUAUUUACAUUCGUUAUCUUUCUCAACAA